AUGAAUAUUUAUUUAAAUAGUAAAUAUAAAAAAUUUAGAAUAACAUUACUAAUUCUAUAUUUUUCAUUAAUAAAAUUAAAUGCAAUCAAAAUAAACAAUAAAAAAAAAUCAGAAUUACCACAUGAAUAUGUAGAAAAAAGUAUCCCACUUAAUAAAGUAAUACCUUAUUUUGAUGAGGUAAUGACAAUUCAUCAAGAUAAGGUAUUGAAAAAGGUAAGUAGUGGAGAUAAUAUAUGUAUAAAAUCAAUUAAGAAUCAUCAUUCUUUAAAUCCAUCAUCAGAAAUAAAAUAUAAAAUUAAUAGUCAAGAAUUUCUUGUGGAAACUAAUCAUGACGGUAAUAUAUAUAAUUAUACAAAAAAAAUUCUAACAAAUUUGGGUUUUGAUUUAUGCAACAAAAUAUUAGAACUUUUUAUUCCAUCUAAUAAACAUAUAUGCGAAUUUCAUUCUUUUUACAAUUACUUUUUAUAUAUUAAUUACGUAAAAAAUGAAAAAAUAGAAAAAAUAAAAGAAGAACUACAAAAAGGAAAAUUUAUAUUUAUUAAGUUACCUGAAAUUUUUAAUUUAAAUUUAAGUGUUGCAAACUUUUCUGAAAAUGAAUAUAAUAUUAAAAGUGGAAUAUUAGAAAAUAAUUUAAUAAAAAUAGACGUUACAGAUAUUAUGUUGAAUAAUAUAUGUUCAAAUUACGACAAAGAAAAAGAGUCUGAUAACAAAAAGAAAAUAUAUAAUAAAUCCCAUAAUGUAAAUGAAGAAAAAAACAUAAGAUUUGCUAUUUUAACUUCUCAUGAGUUAAGCGAUAUUAUUAUAUUUUCUUUUAAAAUUAUAAAUAUUAACUCUAUAAGAAAUUAUAAAAAUAUGAAAAAUAUUGUAAAACUUAAAAAAGAUAUAAAAAACAUAUAUAUGGAAUGGGAAGAAUGGUCUCCUUGUUAUAAUUCAUGUGAGAAUAAUUUUGCUUAUAAAUGUAGAUAUAAUAAAUGUAUAGAUGACAAAAACUCAUUUUGUGAUAAAAAUUUUCACAUUAAUUUUAAUGAAUGUGAAUCUACUCUUUGUAAGGAACCAUUAAAAGAUGAAGAUAAUAAGGAAAUUAAAAAAGAAAUAGAUUUUCCUUCAAAUAUUGAAAAAGUAAUAUAUGAUGAUGAAGAAAUGUUAAGAGAUAAUAAAGAUAAAAAAAAUGUAAACUUCUUUAUGUGGCUAAUAAAUGACAAAAAAUUAUCUCUUGGUUUAUUAAUAUUUGUUAUUGGAAUCAUAAUAUUAAGUUGUAUAUAUUGCUAUGUAAAUUCCAGUCUAAAUUUUCAUAAUGAUGAAGAAUAUUAUGUAUCAAAAUAUAGAUGA